GCGUCUCAACUCCCAACGGCUACUAAUUUCACUUGAUUGGUCACCAAGUUUUCAAUUUUAUGUAAAGUUUCCUAAAUCAAACUCAAUUUGUAAUUAGAUCGAGUUUCCUAAAUCUAACAACUCUAUAAAUAUAAAUAUAAUUCUAAAGAAGUCGAAUUUUAUUUCCAAACAAGCCGAAACCAGUUACAAUCAAAUUAGCAUAAGAAUCCCGUCAAAAAUCAAAAUUAGCAUCAAAAUAGUUAAUAAUAAUGUCAUCAGUAAGCCAAGAUCUAAGUAAUCUUAACCUCCGAUCAGGUCCCAGUCUUUCAGGUGUUAGUCAUCUGGGUCAUGAUUUCGCAGCAUUCGCUAUUGCAUUCACGAGUGGUGUAGAAUCUACAGUGAUUUUCGAUGAUAUACAAGUCGAAUCAGAAGACUUCAGUCUCGUUGAACAAUUUCAAUCAUUAGAAAGGAUGACUCAAAACCUAGAUCAAUAUAUCAGCAGCAGCCAUGAAGAGAUCCAGAUAUCAGAGGGCAUGAUGGUACCAGCAGACAACACGGUUAUGACAACUGAUGUGAAGAGGGUUAGCGUUCAGGAUUACUUGGCUGCUACUCGUACUAAUAAUGCAGAGGAACUUUGUUCUAUUUGCCUUGAUGAUUUUAAGGAACAACAACAACAACAACAACAACAACAACUCAUGUGCUUGUUGCCUUGUAACCAUGGUUUUCACGAGAAUUGUAUUGGUAAAUGGUUUAAGAUCAACCACUUUUGCCCACUUUGCCGUUAUGAGUUACGUAGCUGAAUUCAGGAACUCAUUCAUUGAAGCGCGCUACCUAUUUCAGUUACAAUUUAUUUGUUUUGGUUAUUUUUAUAGCUAAUUAGGUUUACAAAUUGUAUUAUUACGGAUUUGCGCUUGAAGAGCCUAGGUAACUAGUCUCAUAUUAGUGAUUGUAUUAUUCUCUCUCUUGGUUCAUCUAAGAGUUAUCAACAGUAUAAUUUUCCAAUAUUGAAAUAAUAUGGUUUUAAAUUUUGGAUGUUAUAUAA